CUGGAUGAUGAAUGUUCUGUACGUGUGGCCAUGUUAAGCGUAAGCUCUCCUUCCCAGAACACACAGCGGUGACCCCACCCCUGCUCCUCAUUUAGUUCAGUGUGGCUUGAGCAGGAGCCUCUUUCCCCAGGGACCAGGACGGCUGGAGAUGGCUUUUGUCCUCUUCAUCGUGAUAGUUGUUAGCAAGCAUGACAAGAUAUAAACUUUUUCUUUCUUUUUUUUUUUUAAAAGAAUUAUUUAUUUAUUGUAUAUAUGUGCACUGUAGCUGUUUUCAGACACACCAGAAGAGGGCAUCAGAUCUCAUUAUAGAUGGUUGUGAGCCACCAUGUGGUUGCUGGGAAUUGAGCUCAGGACCUCUGGAAGAGCAGUCAGUGCUCUUAACCACUGAGCCAUCUCUCCAGCCCAAACUUUUUCUUUAAAAAAGAUUUAUUUAUUAUAUAUAAGUACACUGUUGCUGUCUUCAGACACACCAAAAGAGGGCGUCGGAUCCCAUGACAGAUGGUUGUGAGCCACCAUGUGGUUGCUGGGAAUUGAACUCAGCAUGUCUGGAAGAGCAGUCAGAGCUCUUAACCGCUAAGCCAUCUCUCUCCAGCCUCUAGAUAUGAAUUUUUAAUAAGAACAGGGCACAGUUGAGUGCCCUUACUAUCUGUGCCUGAGAGUCUGGCUGACCUCAGUUUCAGUUUUAGCUUUAGCAGGAAGGCCAGUCAGGAUCUAGCAAAUUGUUUUUCUCACUUCAGUAUAAUGGUUAAGAUGACCCAGGGGUGGUGGCCUGUCAAUAUUCUCCACCACUCAUCCGCCCCCCCAGUCCCAGCUCCUGAGGUUUUCAGGGGAAUCUAUAACAGCUUAAAAUCGCACCUGUUACCUGGUGUUGCCCUGGUGAAGUGGCUCAGGAGAUAAAGCUGUUGUCGCCUCCGCGACUCUUGACCUGAAUUCAAUCACUAGGACCACACGGUAGAAAGAGAUUGCUGGCUGUUGCAAGUUGUCUUCUUUUUUUUUUUUUUUUUUUUCUUUUUUCUUUUUUUCGGAGCUGGGGACCGAACCCAGGGCCUUGCGCUUGCUAGGCAAGCGCUCUACCACUGAGCCAAAUCCCCAACCCCCGCAAGUUGUCUUUUGUGUGGAGAGGGAGAAAGGGCUAGGCGAGGGAGAGGGAGAACUAAGCACUAAACAAAUGUGUUUUGAAAAACAAUUGUAUAUUUGCCUAGUCAGGUUUCCCAAGCACGGAAUGUUCCCCACACACUGGCUGUGGUGCCUCCUACUGAAUAAAAGAAAAAGAAAGAAAAGGAAAGGCCGUGACUGCACCUAGGUACGAUGGAGGAGAAGGUUAAUUAUGGAUAUGUGGCUGAGAACUGCCAGAGGCAGAUGUAUCUGGGAGAGUCCAGAGUGGCCAUGAUCUGGAAUCAUGUGGGGAGAGGGGGAGGGGAAGGGAGAGAGAGGAACGAAGGACAACAGCCAAGAGGCUGUGCAAAAGAAAGGUUCCGCUGCAUCGUGCACCCUUUCCGCGAGAAGCUGACCCUUCGGAAGGCGCUGUUCACCAUCGCGGUGAUCUGGGCUCUGGCGCUGCUCAUCAUGUGUCCCUCGGCGGUCACUCUGACAGUCACCCGAGAGGAGCAUCACUUCAUGCUGGAUGCUCGUAACCGCUCCUACCCGCUCUACUCGUGCUGGGAGGCCUGGCCCGAGAAGGGCAUGCGCAAGGUCUACACCGCGGUGCUCUUCGCGCACAUCUACCUGGUGCCGCUGGCGCUCAUCGUAGUGAUGUACGUGCGCAUCGCGCGCAAGCUAUGCCAGGCCCCCGGUCCUGCGCGCGACACGGAGGAGGCGGUGGCCGAGGGUGGCCGCACUUCGCGCCGUAGGGCCCGCGUGGUGCACAUGCUGGUCAUGGUGGCGCUCUUCUUCACGUUGUCCUGGCUGCCACUCUGGGUGCUGCUGCUGCUCAUCGACUAUGGGGAGCUGAGCGAGCUGCAACUGCACCUGCUGUCGGUCUACGCCUUCCCCUUGGCACACUGGCUGGCCUUCUUCCACAGCAGCGCCAACCCCAUCAUCUACGGCUACUUCAACGAGAACUUCCGCCGCGGCUUCCAGGCUGCCUUCCGUGCACAGCUCUGCUGGCCUCCCUGGGCCGCCCACAAGCAAGCCUACUCGGAGCGGCCCAACCGCCUCCUGCGCAGGCGGGUGGUGGUGGACGUGCAACCCAGCGACUCCGGCCUGCCAUCAGAGUCUGGCCCCAGCAGCGGGGUCCCAGGGCCUGGCCGGCUGCCACUGCGAAAUGGGCGUGUGGCCCAUCAGGAUGGCCCGGGGGAAGGGCCAGGCUGCAACCACAUGCCCCUCACCAUCCCGGCCUGGAACAUUUGAGGUGGUCCAGAGAAGGGAGGGCCAGUAGUCCUGUGGCCCUGACCCUUAACUAAGAUGCCCACGCACAAUAGCAGUAUUAGAAGAGGGUGCCAAGAUGCCUCCUUGAUAAAAAAUGAGACAGUGAGGCAUCGAGACCCAGGGAGAGGUGACAAGUCUCACCGUUGGGAAUCCCACCUAACCCAGGCUCCAGUGAGUCUCUAUGGUAUCCACACCAAUGGUCUCUCCAGGUGAAUGUGUCACUGGGUGGUUAGGAAGAGGUGACCUCUGUCUACACACUGAGCCCCUGUGAUGGAGUUCCCUGUGCUGUGUGACUGAGGCAGCUCCCCUUGGCCCUUUCCAAGAUCUCCUCUUACCAGCGUCAGUGUUUUGGUCUGUUUUAUUCCAGGAGGUGUCUGGGACCAUAGCCACUUCAGCACGUCACAACUGAGCAGCUACAAGAAGAACCCUAGGGAGCCCCUUUAGAUUUCAGGGCGCUCUGGGAUGAACCUAAGGGAGGCUCCCCUCCCCUACCUCCACCACCCUAAAGCCAGGCAGAGCUUCUGGCAGUACCAACAGCUCAUGGGUGGCAGGCAAGAGGGAAAGGAAGAUGGUACAAUGCCAACACUCUCCUCUGGAAAUAUCUUACUGGGCCUGUGAGCAUGAACCUUUGUCCCAGCAUUCCUCCCUUGCUUACUGGGAAGGAGGAGUUGGUGAGUUGGGAAGUGGCAAGGCCCCUGCAAGACAAACAGAAACCCUUCCACAGGGCGAGCAUGACUUACAAACCCUAAAAGCUGAAGAGAGCAGGAGAGCCUGCAUGCACCCCAGCUCUCACCCAGUGUGUCUGCAAUCAUCUUGACAGAUGCUCGCACCCUGGCUCUCAUCCAAGGAACCACACAACCACCUUGGCUGAGUAAAGCUUCUCCCCAGGAGGUGAGGCUUGCCCCUGCCGAUUUCUCCUGCAGCUUCACAAAGGUUCACUUAACUGGACACGUUCUUACCUCUAUUACCACAGUUGUCAGAAUUUUUAGGAAUUAACAGAAGGGAAACAUUUCCAGGACCCAGGGCUCUGCGCUCCGUAACACGCUCUGUUUGGCUCUUUACUAUUGCAGGUCUGUCAUCAGCAAUGGCCACGGUGGCAGAAGAAACCACCUCACGGUUGGUCAUACAUGUCCAAGCAUGUCUGUGAACACCGUCAUCUGACUUAUAAAAUGUUCUUGCCAUUUUGCAAAGCGACCGAGGCCCAGUAGGGCCAGGGUCACAGGGCCACAAACAGCAGUGUUUGGACUAGGCUUGGCUCGGAUAGCUUGAACCGUAUUCUGCCUUUCAGAGAAGAUGGGCAUGGCAGGGUGGAGAGCCUGAAACUUCCUGUCUAAUAUGAAAAGGAACGCCAAGGAAUGAAUUUGAGUACUGGGGUCAGGGGAGGAAACCGGCUCCAUUGUGUUGACCUUGUGACUUCCAGCCAGAGCUGUCGUAUGCUGGGGAAACUGCCAAGCACCCUCAAGGUGCUGCUUGGUCUGGGAGGCUGGGAGUGAUUGGUGUGAACAGGCAAGAUGUGGUCUGAGCUGGUACUCUGCAAGGUCCUCAAUGUUGGUGCUGUUCGAGUAUCACACACACUGCACAGUGGCCUGAGAAUUGCUGGCUGUUUACUGGGAAGACUUGUGACUCUGGGCUCUAAAAAUAGGCUUGAGCAAGGACCAUGUCAACCCUGUCCCUGUGACCCCGGGGAGCUGUGGGAGUUGCAGACUUGCUCUCUGCCUUGGCCUUCAGCAUGGCCUCCCAGGGACAAAAUCACAGCUCUCCUCAGAAAUCCUGUCCACCCGGGUCUCUGCUUUAGUUUCCCCAAAAGCCCUGCUCUGAGAGUUCAUGAUUGCCAAAAGGCAGCACACCUGACACGGGUGGCAAUCUCCAUGAAUGUGUCCUUGUCCUUACUUGAGUAAGAGCGGAGGCAGCACCUGCCUGCCCACAGACUUGGUCUGAAUGCUGACAGGCCCCAGUCCAUGCUGUAGAAGAGCCUGUGAAUGUUGGGGGCUGGCUUGUUUCUUUGUACGUGUGUUAGAAUACACCCAGUGUACAAACUUCCCCGUUAGCCAUUUUUUUUCUUUUCUUUUUUUCAGAGCUGGGGACCGAACCCAGGGCCUUGUGCUUGCUAGGCAAGUGCUCUACCACUGAGCUAAAUCCCCAACCCCCCGUUAGCCAUUUUGAAGUGUACAGUUCAGGAGCACAGAGUAUUCAUGUUGCAGUUAACCCACAUCCUUUCUAGCACAGUGUUAGCCUAAAUGGAAACUGUGGACCCAUUAACCAACUCCCCAUCCCUGCUCCUCCCUGCUCCUCCCUGCUCCCCCCCCCCAAGCCACUGUCCUUCCUCUCUGAAUUUGACAGCCCUGUAGUUCCCUACAAAUGAAACCACUCAGUAUUUUUUCCUUUUGUGACUCUUACGACACGCGAACACCUUUCAAGUUCCACUCAUGUUGGUGCAUGGGUCAGAAUUCCUUUCCUUUUGUGACUGCACUAUUCCGCAUUGUAUGUCUAUUUGACCUCUUGCUUCUCCAGCAGUGUGUUCUUGUUUCUGGUUCAGCUGUUACAAGUCAAUAUGUAUGCAUGGGAGAUGUUAGAUAGUAAACCCAAGUCUGUGUGAGCCCCGAGGAUGGAGACCCCCCAACGCUUCUCUCAACUUGGCAUUUAGGGGUAACCGAGACCGUGCUCAAGCUGCUGCUCUGUGUUUCCCUCUUCUGUGUUCCUUCUUGGCUAGAGAAAAAAAAAUAUGUUCUGUUCACAA